UUUUAAAUAAUUUAUUAUAGCAUCUGUAUUUGAAGGAUGCUUAAUUUUUUUAAAGGUUUAUUAUUUACUUUAAAGGUAGAGCUAUAGAGAGGCAGAGAGAGAGAGAGAGAGUUAGAUCUUCCAUCUGCUGGUUCACUCACCAAAUGGCAGCGUCGGCUGGAGCUGCACUGAUCCAAAGCCAGGAGUCUGGAGCCUCCUCCAGGUCUCCCAUGCGGGUGCAGGGGCCCAAGCACUUGGGCCAUCUUCUGCUGCUUCCCCAGGCCAUAGCAGAGAGCUGGAUCAGAAGUGGAGCAGCCAGGACCUGAACUGGUGCCCAUAUGGGAUGCCAGCCCUGCAGGCGGCGGCUUCACCGGCUGCGCCACAGCCCAGGACCCUAGGUUUUUUAAGAAGAUAUUUGUGAUGUGAAUUUUCCAGUAGGUGGAAUUUCAGAUGUAGCAACAAUGGAAAAGGAAAAUAAUCCAGAGGUAGGAAUGUUUUGUAGAAAGACAGGAUGAUUUGGGGGGAAACUUCUAGAAGGUGAACUUCUGAAAGCGAGAUAGUGACUAAGGCUCAGGGUGGAAAACAUCUGUUGUAUGGUUAGGUUGGUUAACUAAGCCAUCAUGUGCUCCUCCAGGACAGCUUAUCACGAUACUUUUUAUCUGUUGUAGAGGAGACAGGACGGUGUUUAAAGGCUAAAGAUUCAGGAGUCAAACUUCUUAAGUAGAAAUCCUGACUCCGCCAUUGCGUUCGCAAUUCACUUCACAGUGCCUUGAUUUCUUUUAUUUUUUUUUAUUUAAAGUGGAGAUAAAAGUUUUACUUGGAGCUCCUGAGAAUCAAAGGAUGAUCUGUGUGAAGAGCUGAGAAUAUUAUAGCGACUGGAAUUUAGGAGUCAGUACAUCUACUACUAUUCUUCAUCUUUGCCACUCAUCAUUUAUAUAGGUAGAAAUAGGUACAGAUAUGUCAUAGAAUUCCACAAUCUGUCGGGACUGUUUCAAGGCAAAUUCAGAGAAAAUACAUGUUUCUCCUUCUUAGUGUUUCCAAACAAAGAGAAAAAUCAAAAUAGCUGCUGGGAAACACUUUAUCCUGGUGCCAUCAUAGAUUGGUUCAGGAAAUGUGACAUUAUGAAUAAUGUGCCUUGCCUUUUUGCACUCAGGGAAUGGUGUUCUCUUCCUUAUAUACAUAUUGCAUUUCCGUACAGUUACAAUGAACGCAUGGAGUGGUUGAAUAGGGGGGCCUGGAAGAUUUUACCACAUGAAUGCCCUUGGCCUUUUCCCUUUGUCUGCUCAGGGCUUCUCCUUCCAUCAGCAUCUAAGUAUGUCCCCCGCAUUGGCCACUACGUAGUACCAGGCUUAAAGUUCUAGUAGAGAAAGAUUGGGCUAAAAAUGUGGAAUAACAGGGAGUAGAGGUUUUGUUUUCCGACUCUGCUUGUUCAGAAUUUGAGUGAAAUGAGAUCAAUUGAAAGGAAAUAAACAGCUACAGAAACUCAGCAAAUCAACCCUGUUGGGGACUGGGGGGGUGUGUGCAUGUGGAGAAGCAAGCCAGGAAGCUGAGCACCUGGGAGAGGUCCUUCUGAUGUUUUCCCUUGUGCUGGAAAGUGGAGGCUGGCUUUCAGGGGCCUUUCGGGAAUGAGCGAGGGGGGAGGAAAGAAGGGAUUAUUGGGAAGUGUCGCUGUGGGUUCUAGGGUUCUUUGAGCUAUACAGUUAUGUAUUUGAUUUUACCUGACUAGUUUUGAUGCUGCAUUGCACUUACUUCAGCGUGACAGCAGUAAUAGAACCAGGGUUUAUUAGGAUUACAUAGUGCUUUAGCAGUCUCGAAUGCACGGUGUGAUGUCUAACUACAACACCUACUACGUUUUAAACUAGCCAUGACGACGUGAACACAUUGUGUGGUUAUUGGUAACUUCACAAGUAUGACUUCUUCUCCCCUGCUGGCAUUGAUGUGGUUGUGUUGUUUACUUCUGCUGCUCUCUGUAUAGAGGUAGUGAACAGACAAACGAUGGCACUCUUAUUACUCAGAAGCAAUGCUUCAAUGUUGUUCCAAAGACCCAAACCAACAGGGGCCAGCUUGGUGGUGCAGCCAGGUAAGCCACUGCCUGCACUGUCAGCUUCCCUGAGUGCUGUUCAAGUCCUGACCUCUCCACUUCUCAUCCAGCUCCCUGCUAAUGUGGCUGAGGGGCAGUGAAGGAUGGCCUGAGUACUUGGGCCCUUCCCACUUAUGUGGGAGACCUGGAUGGGGUUCCAGGCUCCUGGCCUCAGCCAUGGCAGCUAUCUGGGGAGUGAGCCAAUGGAUGGAACAUCUCUCUCAGUAUCUGUGACUUGCUGUCUGUCUGUCAGCUCCCUCCCUGGUCAUUCUACCUUUCAGGUAGGUAGGUAGGUAGAUCUGUCCUCAAUCAAACAAAUCAUAGUAUAUAAAAAGCAAACCCAAUGUGGUGAGAAAUAAAUGGCAAUUUAGAGAAAAAAAGAUGAUCAGUUCUAUAGAAUCUGGGAUAACAUAGUGGGUUUUUACAAAACUUUUAAAUUUAUUUGAGAGAGACAGAGACAGACACCGUUAGAGUACUUGCCUGCUGGUUCACUCCCCAUGUAACGGUGUUGGCCAGGGCUGGGCUGGGACCAAAGCCAGGAGGCCAGAACACAAUCCACGUCUCACACAUGGGUCGCAGCAAUUACUGGAGCCAUCCCUGCUCCCUCCCAGGUUCUGCAUUAGCAGGAAGCUGGCGACAGGAACUGGAGCCAGGAAUCAAAACCGGGCACUCCGAGUUAGGGCAUGGACAUCUUAACCACUCGGCUAACCACCUCCCUUACUGUGGUGGUUUUUGAUGGCUAAAAAGUAGAGUUCAGUGGAAGAUACAAGGGGCCAGGUAGAGUUUUAGUUCAGGAUCCUGAGGAGAGGAAUGAGAUUAGGACCAAGAAUAGAAGCAAAUUUGAACAAACAUGAGCAGAAAGGUCCAUCAUGCACUGCUAUUGGAGAUGGAUCUUCAGAAAAGCCUGGAAAUAUCCAGAAAUGGGACUUUGGGAAUGUGUAUCUUUUACAUUGGGUUUCAUUUUUCUGUUUUUUUUUUUUUUUUUGCAUUUAUCUCUUUUAAUUCCUAAAUAUCUCCCAGAUUCAUCCACUUCUCUCCCCUUCCGCCUCCAGCUCCUUAGCUAAGAUGUUGUCUUUUACUUGGAUAACGCAGCAGCUUCUUAGCUGGUCUCCUGCUUCCUCUCCAGCUGACUGGGAUCUAGCCCAGCUCUCCUGCCAGGGUACAGGGCAAAUGGUACCCAUCCGACCCUACCGUGCCUCUUGGCUGUCUGAGUGGAGUCCCACUGCUCUGACUAUAAAGAUAAAGAUGCCCUUCAGGGUCCUCAGGACUGGUUGAUCACCUGCCUCUAACCUCCUCUCUCUCUGUCCUUCAGCUGCUUUAAACACUGCUCUCUUUGGCUCUCUCUUUGGCCCUAAGACCUUUGUAAAGAACUUCCCUUCUGCUGGGAGUGGCUGCUGCACUCCUCUUCCCACCUCAUCUCCCCUGUGUUUGGUUAACUCCUCCCCCCAGGCGCCUCAGCUUCCCCAGAGAAGUGUUCUCUGAUCCGUGUCAUUCCAGAAGAUGUAUGCGUGCUCGUCAUUUUCAUAGUAUCUCUACUUCCAUUCAGAGAACUUACCAGCCUAUAAUCACAUGUUUAUGUGAUCCUUGGAUUCAAAUUCUCUUGCUCCCUGGAUUUUCCAGCCCUCUGUAAUCAAGGAUGUUGGUUAUUUUAUUUACCCUUUUUAUUGCUGGUGUCCAACAGAGACGUGCACGGUGAAAAUCAAUUGACAGGGACUGUUGACUGCGUGGAUGAAUACUGGUCCAUUUUUCACUUAUAUUGAGAAUAGUGAAGAUGGUUUUGGUGCAUUUAAGAAUGCCAGGCUCUGAACGGUUGCGGCUCAGCAGCAUACUAGGCAGGUGGAGCACCGUGGGUCUAUGUGCUGCGUGUCUCUGAGGAGAGACACCUCUUUCCUGAAGCCACAGCCACAAGGAGAGCCCUUGGCACAUGGGAGGCAUCAGCUCUGGCUAGUAACCUCCAGUUCCAGCACACAAGGCUUUGGAUACCUGGCUUUAGCCCUCAUUUUCAGAGUUUCCUUCACUGAGGAAGCACUUCAUCCAGUUUUUUUAAAAAGUAUGUAUUUAUUUGAAAGGCAGAGUUAUGGAGAGACUGGGUGAGACAGACGGACACACACACAGAGAUUAAUCUUCCAUCUGAUGGUUCACUCUGCAAAUGGCCACAAUGGACAGGGCUGGGCCAGGCAGAAGCCAGGAGCCAAGAGCUUCAUCUGGAUCUCCCAUAUGGAUGACAAGGGUCCAAGCACUUGGGCCAUCAUCCACUGCUUUUCCCAGACUAUUAGCAGGGAGCUGGAUCUGAAGAGGAGCAGCUGAGACAUGAACCAGCACUCUCUGGGAUGUCAGUGUUGCAGGUGGUAGCUUUACCUGCUACACCACAGUGCUGGCUCCUAUCCAAUGUUGAGCAUUUGCUGUGAACUUUAACCUUCCUCGCUAAUAGUGACGUAGAAAGUGAACAGUAAAGAAACCUUAAUUCUCCCACUUCAUAAAAACUUAUCCAGGAAUAAAUUUUAGAUUUUUUAAAAAGUAUCUGUCAUUGGUGUCACAUAUAUUUAUCUGUAGUGUUUUAAUUGCUUGCCCUUAAUAUUUACUUCUCCUUGUCACUUUUUGACAUUUUACUCUUAAUAUAUCUCAUCUUUUUGUUAUACAAAAUAGCUAAUUUAACAAUUCAUUAGGUUUGCAAUUUAGCUACAUGAUCCCAGCAGUUAGUUUUAUUGACUUUAUUUGAUUUGACUUUAGUAGAUUAGAUAGACAUUUACUGCGGAUAAGUACAGAAGCUCAAAAGCUUCAGAUUUCUCACUCACCCUGAACUGUUGGCCAGUUUUCUUAGACCACAUAGUUGGGGGGUUUCUUUUCCAAGUUCUUAGUGAAGCAACAGGUAUUUCCUCAGUGAAAAGCUGGAAUGGUGUUGUGGGUCCUCCCAGGUGAGGUGUGAGUGUCGCUGUGGUGGUCUGGGCACAGCACUGUGUCCUGGGCUCCUGACCCUUCCCUUCCACUCUUGAGCAGUUCUUGGCGCUCCCAUGCCCCUACCUCCUCUGCAGUUUUGGAGUCUGUCAAUUAAUUAUUCAUUCCAGAAACACUUUGAGGUGCUUUUAAAAUACAGAGUUAGCUUCUAAAACUGAGGUCAAAGUAAACGUGACUUAAUAGCACGGAAGUUUCCUUCUCCUUCAUGCUGUGGUCCCAGUGGAGGUGAGUACCCUGGUAGGAACUGGGGGGCAGCUCCUGGUCCCAGGGACUCCGGUGUUUCCCAUCUUGUGGCUUCAUUCUCUUGAAUGUGCAGCUUUCUUUGCGUGGACAGUGGUUGAUGCAGCACUCAGCGGGGUACUUCCAGGCCAAGCAGAACUAGGAAAAGCAGAAGGGGCAGGCACACUCCUUUCCCACUCAAGGAUAUGAUGUGAGUGUUGCUAUGUGACAUUUCAGCUUUGUCACUUGACCGCAGUUAACCUGGCUACCCAGUUUGCAAGGGAGGCUGGGAUAUUUGUCCCAGUGCAACAGCCAUACAUUCAUAUCUAUUACUAAAGAGAAAGUAAAGAGUGGGUCACAAGAUGACAACUGCAAGUCUUUGUUUUUUUAUUUUUAAGAUUUAUUUAUUUUACUUGAAAGUCACAGUUACACACAUGGCGGAGGGGAAGGAGAGGGAAGCAGAGAGAGAGGUCUUCCAUCCAUUGGUUCACUCCCCAAUUGGCCGCAACGGCCGGACCUGAGCCCAUCCGAAGCCAGGAGCUUCUUCCAAGUCUCCCACAUGGGUGCAGGGGCCCAAGGACCUGGACCAUCUUCUACUGCUUUCCCAGGCCGUAGCAGAGAGCUGGAUCAGAAGUGGAGCAGCCGGGUCUCGAACCAGCACCCGUAUGGGAUGCCGGCACUGCAGGCAGCAGCUUUACCCGCUACGCCGUAGUGCCAGCCCCUGUUGUUUUUCUAUAUGUCAGUUACUAUGCUAAGUGCUAGGGAUGCAGAGAUGAAGUAGGGCUGGCUUUGGGGAAGAACUCAGCUGAGUUCAGAGUCUUUGUGUGUAUCCUGGGUGUCUGAAUAGAAGCAUGAAUAUUUCAUCUGUGUACAUUCUUCUUGUACAUUCUAAAUAAUUAUUUUUUGUGCGAACCUCUGUGCCUUUGCAUUCACUGCCCCAUUGCCUAGGGCUCUCUCUUCCCCCAUUUUCCACUGAAUGCAAUUUUACUCAUCCUGGAAAGGCCAGCCCAAGUGCCCCUAUUUCUGUGAAACCUGUAGUGUCCUUCCAGGGAUAGUUGGGAGAUGUUUCCUGGUAUUCCCAUUUGCACAUAAACACAGUGUCAUCUUGCCUCUGUUAUAAGUGCCUAGACUCAUACAUGACUGAACUGUACUCAGUUCAUUUCCCUAGCACCUUAGCACAGUGAUGAGCAAAUGGAAGGUGCUCUGUAGAUGUUUGCCAAAUCAAAUUAGCUACUGCUUGGCAUUCUUUCAUGGAUUCUUGAAUGGGUGGGUGGAAUCUCUGAUGAACAGGGAAAUCUCUCUCAUUAUGUAUAAAAAUAUCAUAGCCAAUAAAAAGGUGAAUUGCAACUCAAAUUCAGCAUCAUAGAAGAGAUCAUUUCCCCAGUGUUUUCAUCCUGUUCUAACUUUAUUUUUAGUCUUUAUUUCUCUUCAGUUACUCUGUUAAAUGUGUAGUGAUUGAGGUGAGGAAGGGGCCUUAAAAUUUGAAUUUGAAUUAUAUGUUCUGUUAUAUUACUUAUAUUCCUCACCAAGGUCUCUUUAAAAAGUCAAAUUGAAAUUCUACCUAAUAGAAAUAUAUCUUGUAUGGUCCAGAAAAUGUUGAGUUUUUUCUAAACUCACUUCAGAAUCCAACCUGUAGCAUAAUCCAGAAAUUCCCUUUUACUCUGGGUUUCUAAUUUAAUCAUAAAAAUAUCUUUCUGUCAAUUUGUAGUCUAUUUCCUUUUAGUCUUUCAAGUAUAUAGAGGAUUAAUUAGCAUAUGAUGAAGACAUAGAAUUUUCAUAGACUUUGAAUCUCAUAAAUUAUGAGGUCUUACGCUGUUGCUUAUUAUUAUUAUUUUUUGACAGGCAGAGUGGACAGUGAGAGAGAGACAGAGGGAAAGGUCUUCCUUUACCGUUGGUUCACCCUCCAAUGGCUGCUGCAGCCACCACGCUGUGGCCAGCACACCGUACUGAUCCGAAGCCAGGAGCCAGUUGCUUCCCCUGGUUUCCCAUGGGGUGCAGGGCCCAAGUACUUGGGCCAUCCUCCACUGCACUUCUGGGCCACAGCAGAGAGCUGGACUGGAAGAGGGGCAACCGGGACAGAAUCUGGCUCCCCGACCGGGACUAGGACCCAGUGUGCCGGCACCACAGGCAGAGGAUUAGCCUAGUGAGCCACGGCACCGGUCACGCUGUUGCUUAUUUUAAUGAUAGACAAAACAUAUAAACAAGUUCUGCCUGUUACUUAUUGGUUAAAUGAGAAGACUGUGCUAACACAAGAAUUGUUUUCUGUCCUAAUGGACUCUUAGGUUAAUAAUAAUUACUAUUAUUAUAAUUACAUUGUUCUGUUGAAUUAUAGGUUUUAAGAAAACAUUGGUGAAGUGUUGAGAAUGAAUAGAUUUCCAUUUUCCAUGGGCCUGAAGAGCAUAAUGAUGGUUCUGAUCCGUAAUAUGAAAUAAUUAAUGUGCCUCCUUCAGUGGCAACAAUCUAGAGAGUGGCUUGGGUGUGCCUGGAGUGGAUUAGGAUCAAUAACUGUGGCUCACUGAAUCAUUGCUUAUUCGAAUGGUUGAUAUCAUACAAAUGAAUAGCUGAAUCCCCAAGUGCGUUCAUCAUUUCUCUCUCUUGGGUGUGACAUGCACAAGGCUGUUUAGCGAGAGUGUCAGGACCAGCUCAGUCUCUGAAAACUGUGUCUUUAGGGAAGGCUGUACGUCAUAGCUCACAGGGAGUAUUAACUUGGCAGCUCUGGCUUGAAAGGUAGCCUUAUUUAGUUUCUUGUGUCUAAAUCAUAGGUGAUACGGUCUCUUAUUAAUUAAUUAUGUCUGCUUGGUGUGCCUGCCAGGGUUAUGUUUAUGUAGCCUGCUUUAAUGUAGAAAAUGAAUAUUUGGCAGUGAGCACAAGAAACCCCGCAGCCGCAGUGGUGGCUGAGUCAGGUCCCGAGGCCACUCCAGGGAUGCCUCCUGUAGUCCCUGUGAAACGCGUGCUGCAGGACAAAGCCUCUGACAGUCUGGACGGUGCUUCUGUGGUCCUAGGAAUCCACAGUGGAUUCAAGUCUAGACUCCGCAGUUUUUCAGGGGAAGGGGAGGAGGGAGAAACAGCAAAUCAGCUCUGCCCAAAGGGUUUCCAGAGGCAUCAUUGAAUCCUGGAUGCUGUUGCCAGUCUGUGCCUUGCGAGGGAGGCAGGCAGAGCCGAGCAGCAGCGGGAGCAGCGGCGUUCACGGGAAGCAGUCACAUAAACAGCAGCAGGAGUAGGCGAAAUGCAAGACUGUCUGAUGUUUGACAAUCUCCCUGGUUGAGAAUGGCUCCUGUAAAAACGUUGCCAAGGAAUCCUGACGAAUUGGACAGUCCUCACUGGGUGUUAGCAGUAGUUACUUCAGGAGAAUAAAUGCUGCUUUCAGUAGAUUCUUGCCAAGAGGCAACCCCCCUGAAGAAGAGGAGCUCAAAUUACCUGGAAACAAAGACCCACAGGGGGGACCAAAGUUUUGGCAUGCCCACAGGAAUGGUGGUGUGGGUAGAAACUACCUAGGAGGCAGAAGCUAAGUGUUGAUUUGCCCAUGCCUCGUACCUGGGAGUGGAAGGUGGGAAGAAAUGGACAGUGGCCGUGACGAGAAGACGAGGCACAGUGCAGCUCGGUGAGGCCACGCGCUGACUGCCUUCUGCCCCCUCUUCAUGCAGUGCUGCGGGCUGGUACAUCGCCGGCGAGUACGGGUGUCCUAUGGUUCGGCAGACUCCUACACCAGCCGUCCAUCCGAUUCAGAUGUGUCUCUGGAGGAGGACCGGGAGGCAGUGCGCAGAGAAGCUGAGCGACAGGCCCAGGCCCAGUUGGAAAAAGCAAAGACAAAGCCUGUUGCAUUUGCUGUUCGGACAAAUGUCAGCUACAGUGCUGCCCACGAAGAUGAUGUCCCAGUGCCAGGCAUGGCCAUCUCAUUUGAAGCAAAAGAUUUUCUGCAUGUUAAGGAAAAAUUUAACAAUGACUGGUGGAUAGGGCGUUUGGUUAAAGAAGGCUGUGAAAUCGGAUUCAUUCCAAGCCCGGUCAAACUAGAAAACAUGAGGCUACAGCAUGAACAGAGAGCAAAGCAAGGGAAAUUCUACUCCAGUAAAUCAGGAGGAAAUUCAUCAUCCAGUUUGGGUGACAUUGUACCUAGUUCCAGAAAAUCUACACCUCCAUCAUCUGCUAUAGACAUAGAUGCUACUGGCUUAGAUGCAGAAGAAAAUGAUAUUCCAGCAAACCACCGCUCCCCUAAACCCAGUGCAAACAGUGUAACGUCACCCCACUCCAAAGAGAAAAGAAUGCCCUUCUUUAAGAAGACAGAGCACACUCCUCCGUAUGAUGUGGUGCCCUCCAUGCGACCCGUGGUCCUCGUGGGCCCUUCCCUGAAGGGGUAUGAGGUCACAGAUAUGAUGCAGAAAGCGCUGUUUGAUUUUUUAAAACACAGAUUUGAAGGGCGGAUAUCCAUCACAAGGGUCACUGCUGAUAUCUCGCUUGCCAAACGCUCAGUGUUAAACAACCCCAGUAAGCAUGCAAUAAUAGAAAGAUCCAACACUAGGUCAAGCUUAGCGGAAGUUCAGAGUGAAAUUGAAAGGAUCUUUGAACUUGCAAGGACACUGCAGUUGGUAGUCCUUGAUGCGGAUACUAUUAACCAUCCAGCUCAACUUAGUAAAACCUCUUUGGCCCCUAUUGUAGUGUAUGUGAAGAUUUCUUCUCCUAAGGUUUUACAAAGGCUAAUAAAAUCUCGAGGGAAAUCUCAAGCUAAACACCUUAAUGUCCAGAUGGUAGCAGCUGAUAAACUGGCUCAGUGUCCUCCAGAAUUGUUUGAUGUGAUCUUAGAUGAGAACCAGCUUGAGGAUGCUUGUGAGCAUCUUGCCGACUAUCUGGAGGCCUACUGGAAGGCCACCCAUCCUCCCAGCAGCAAUCUCCCCAACCCUCUCCUUAGCCGUACUUUAGCUACUUCAGCUCUGCCUGUCAGCCCCACCCUCGCCUCUAAUUCACAGGGUUCUCAAGGAGAUCAGAGGACUGAUCGCUCUGCCCCUGCCCGUUCUGCUUCCCAGGCUGAAGAAGAACCUUGCUUGGAACCAGCAAAGAAAUCCCAGCACCGGUCUUCCUCCUCAGCCCCACACCACAACCAUCGCAGUGGUACAAGCAGAGGCCUCUCUAGGCAAGAGACAUUUGACUCAGAAACCCAGGAGAGUCGAGACUCUGCCUAUGUGGAGCCGAAGGAAGAUUAUUCCCAUGAACAUGUGGACCACUAUGCUCCACACCGUGACCAUAAUCACCGAGAUGAGACCCACAGGAGCAGUGACCACAGACACAGGGAAACCCGGCACCGUUCCCGGGACAUGGAUCGAGAGCAGGACCACAAUGAGUGCAACAAACAACGAAGUCGUCAUAAAUCCAAGGAUCGCUACUGUGACAAGGAUGGAGAAGUAAUAUCCAAAAAACGGAAUGAGGCUGGGGAGUGGAAUAGGGAUGUUUACAUCCGCCAAUGACUUGUGCCCUUUUGUGUUUUUUUUUUUUUAAGUCUUGUAUAAGCGCACCCUCAGAUGAAAUCUUUGGGGUCUACAUUGAAAUCAUAUGUGAUCUGUCUUGUGUAUUUUGUAUUGCUGUUGCUCAAGUAGCAAUAGCAUGAAAUAGAGUAUUAAUAUACUUUUUUUUUCUUUUUUAAGUGCUAUAUAAAUUGGCCUGGUACAGCUGAAUUCACAAACUGUGUUGGGUAGCUGCCACUUGAACAAAAUCUGUUGCCACACAGGUGAUUAGCGUUUCAAGAAACAUAGUUGAUCCAUCCAGCAAGCCAGAAUCAGCACAGAUAAGUGGAAUUUCUUGUUUCCCAGAUUUUUAAUACACAGAUACCUUAUUUGCAUAUUCAUUUAUUCAUGGACCACUGUUUCUUGCUUGUACCUCUGGCUGACUAAAUUUGGGAACAGAUUCAGUCUUGCCUUACACAAAGGGGAUCAUAAAGUUAGAAUCUAUUUUCUAUGUAUUAGUACUGUGUACUGUAUAGACAGUUUGUAAAUGUUAUUUCUGCAGACACCUUAUUAUAAUUAUAUAUAAUAUAUAUAUAUACAAUCAGUUUGAUCACACUAUUUUAGAGUCUUAAUGCCAAGUCAGCAGAUUUGCUUUAUGAAUUACAGGGACUAGAAAUACCCACAUUCAGGAAAUUUGUAAUAACAUUGUCUAGACACCUAUCCCCACUCUAAUAGAAAGUCUGUAUAUACUGUAAAUAUGUGUGAUUGCUUGACUUGAAAAGAUUUGAUUUCUAAAUGUUAUACCAUCCUGUAAGUUUAUAAUUUUGACCAUAAAUUAUGGCAAAUAUACCAAACUCAAAGGUUGUUCUACUCCAUACAGUUCACACUAAUUGUGACAAACACAUUCUUAGUAGCUAGUGUCUGUUAUAGUCACUGCACUGGAAUAUGAGCCGGAACCCGCUGUAUGCACGUGCGUGUGUGUCUGUAUGUAAGAGUGUGCACGAGUGACCGGUUGAAAUAAACUCAAAUGCUGAAGACUAGUGAAGAAAUUAGAGACUGGUCUCUAGAAUUCCAGCCACCUGGCUUUGUAUUUAAUUGUGCUAUGUGUUGCUUUAACAAUCAAUCCAUCAAGCAGUCAGGGAACGUGAGGAAGCUUGCUGCCAAAGUAACUAGGAAAGCAUUCAUGCGCUGGUCCUUGUUUUCGCUCCUAGAGAGUGAAAAUACAGGCGACUUUUACUGUGAGUGUUUCACUGGAAAUGUACAAUCUUUGUGUGUCAGAGUAUUUGUUUUAGUAAGAAACGUUUACACAGCUUGUGGACUUACUUCAUAGGAAAAUAAAUUUUUAUAACUUCUCCCACUUUAUUUUCUAACCUUGCCUAUUGUUCCUGUUUAUUUCCCAAUUACCUAUAAUUCUCCCCCACCCAACUUAAACAGUUUCAUUGUCUGUGAGAACCCAGGAAGUGCUUCUUAAAACCAAAGUUUCUGUUGUUCAGAAUUAACCAGGGCAAAAUGGGUAACUUGAAGUGAAUAAAUUGUUAAGAAUGUUUCAUACACUAGAUAUCUACUCGUAAGAGGAAUCUAGAACAUACUAUCCCCACACCUCCAAAGCACUGCUGUAUGAAGCUUACAAUGUUAUUAAGUGUACAUUUUCCUCUAGUUACUACUGGAUAGGUAAACCAGUAUUAGGUGUGCAAGUACUCAGCACCUGAAGUUUGUCCCGGGAAAAUGCUUAUCAUUGCCUACUUCAGAUCUGUAUCUUAAUUUAUUUAACAAAAUAGUUACCGUGAACUCUUGUUUUGCUACCUUAUCUCAGUUUCUUCCUGAAUGACUUACAUUUAACCAAUUUCCCCCACCCCCAAGAAAACUGUUUUAAAACUGUAUUACAAACACAGUAUUUUAACAGUUAAUAUAUGAAAAAUAUGCCUCAGAUUCAGUCUAUUUGUUAAUUAGCUCUGUACUAAUUUUUGACAAUUUUUUACAAAUUGAGAAACUAUUCCAGUCAAAACGCUUUCAUAAAAUAUUUGUGAUCAGCUUUCAUCAGGCUGAUCACUAGUCCAAUCCUUUCCUACAUAUGUACUUAUCCAAAUUAAUGACUUUGGAAUAUUUAAAUUCUUGAAGUAUAACUGGUAACUACCUUACUUGCUGCUAUCAUUAAUCCCUUCCAAAGAACUUAGUUUUCCACUUUACUGUGGAAAAUAUUAGUGCAAAUCAAAGUAGUCCUCAAACACCAAACUGAAGGAUUUGACAUAACAGCAUCUAUACAUGAAAACUGUAUAGUGGUCAUAUGCAUAAACAGUGUGCAGUCAAUUUGUAAAUGAAGAAAUCAUCCCAAGAAUAGAGGGAUAUUUACUGACUUGUGGAAUGUAAAAUUAUAGUCUCUUCACACAGCAAAGGCUUAAUCGUAGUUGUAGAAUCAUGACUUUUGUAGUCAACUUAGAAAUGCUGGAAAUGUACUGAAUAGUUCUUUGUUAUAACCAUUUCAGGUUUUCCUAUGCUCUUUCUCUACUGCUCAUUUAAGUUACUGUUACAAAAAGGUGCUGCUAAAUGUAGGAUGUCUUAGUCUUUCUGUAUUUUGGGACAAUGCCACAUUUUAACAUGGUCUGCUAUGCAUUCCUGUUAAACAAACAUUCACUGUCAGCCACACUGAACUGUUCAACAAACUUGGUUUAAAGUCAUUCAUAUAAAACAAAUAAAGAGCUGGCUUCUGCACUGUU